AAUUACAAUGCUUUUCAGAAGCAUCUGCUUUUGUGGAAGCUUUUCUUCUCCAUGCUCAGUGACUAGGACAAGUUCAGUUCAGUCUUCAAAAGUAGGACAUAGACUUUGGCUAUAUUUUUCAUAGUCGUGUGAAGCUAGAAAUCUGAACGGAUGCCUGUGCCGCCACCGCCACCACCACCUCCUCCUCCACCACCUCUACCACCCUCUGGAGGGCCCCCUCCACCACCACCUUCUGGAGGGCCCCCUCCACCACCACCUUCUGGAGGGCCCCCUCCACCACCACCACUGGCUAGUUCAGAAGUACCGAAAUUGCAGAACGAAGAUCAGAAAGCACGAAACGCACUCUUGGCUGAUAUCCAGCAGGGAACUCGCUUAAGAAAAGUGACUCAAAUCAAUGACCGCAGUGCACCACAGAUUGAAAAACCCAAAGGAGCUAACAGAGAUGGAGUUAAUACAACCGUCAAUAAAGGUGGCUCUCAGCAGCCUCUGGGAGGUUUAUUUGCUGGUGGCUUUCCUGUUCUCAGACCAGCAGGCCAGAGGGACAUGACAGCAGGGAGGCCUGGGCAGGUUUCCGGAGUCCGAGCAGCGGCCCCCAAACACUCCGCCCCACCGAACAGCGGCGCUGCCAAGCCGAGCAGUAACUCCUCGCACCCAGCCGAAGGUCCAAGGACAGCUGUGCCCCCAGAGCCUCCCAGCACCUCCCGAGCCGGAGCGGGAGCCGGAGCCGGCCCCGGGCGGCCCAGCCUGCCUGCCCCCCCUCCACCGCCUCCCGCUUCCAGCAAACCUUCCCUCACUUUCCCUCCUCCUCCCCCUCUCCCCCCUCCGGCCGAUCGCCCUCCCAAGGGAGUGACGCCCGGCGCGGCUCCUGCGCCCCCGCACCCUCCUCCUCAGGCUGACAAACUCGCCAAGUCUCCAGCAGGCGCUUCACACCCGCCCCAACCGCCCCCUCCUCCUCCUCCUCCUCCCUUGCCCCUCGUUCCCCCCUGCGGGCUGCCGGCCAGGACUGCCGAUGUCCCUGCGGCUACCGCCCCUCCAGCCGAAGGGAGGGACUGUCCCCCUCCCACGCCACCUCCCCCCCCUCCUCCGCCGCCCCACGCCCACCCCCUGCCCGCGAACAGGCUCUCCUUUCCCCCCUCCCCAGCCUUUAGCGGUGCUGACGUGCCCCCUCCGCUGCCCCCCAAGUCUCCCCACUUGCUGUCACAGUUCCAUAAGCCAAGCAGCAUCCAGUCGCUGCCGCUCCCACCCACCCCCGGCCACCCUCAGCCCGCAGCCGGGACAGAGGCCAGGAAGAAGAGACCCGGCCGAGGCGCAGGAACUGGUGCUGGGAAGCUGGUCACACCUCCACAACCACCAGCAAGAUCCCCAACAACUGAACUUACAAGCAAGUCUGGAGUCUCAGCCUGGGCUACAGCUCAUGACCCCUACCCACCACUCAAAAAUGGAAAUAUGCACAUCAUUGAUGACUUUGAAUCUAAAUUUACUUUCCAUUCUGUGGAAGAUUUUCCCCCACCUGAUGAAUUCAAGCCAUUUCAGAAAAUAUAUCCCAGCAAGAUAGCUAGAGAUCCUUCUAAAAAUCCUCCAUUAAGAACACAUGUGAGAUGAGAGGAGUCUGCUGAUGCUCUCUGGAAGAGUAUUAAAAAAGAACAUCAAGAUAAUAUAUAAAACAGAAGGGGUCCCCAUUGCAGUGAUAGUGAUUGUAUUUGAGUCACAAGUACUGCAAUGUAAACAUUUCUAUGAACUGGAAAAAUGGUGUAAAUGAUACCUUUUUAGCUGGCCUACAUACUACAGGAAUGUUAGUACAGGCUUUUAAAUUAUUGUAAAUAGGUGGAUAUUUUUUAAGCAAAGCAGCAUAAAAUUUAAGUUCUUUGUAGUGUUGAAACAAUUCUCAUUAUCAUGCUGACAAUGUUAUCUCAGAAUGUUUUGCAUUACAUGCCUGUAUUUCUUUUUUCCCCUUUCAUCAUAAUUUUAAAGUAUUUUGGAAAUUCUCCAGUUAUUAUUCAGACAUUUUUUCAAUGAUCUGUCAAACUAGUGUACUACCUUUAGUCUGUUUUUAUGUUCCUUCACUUCUAUUCUGCCUAUCCUCAGAUUGCAGCAGGAUGUCACUUUCAUGAAGGGACAGGCCCACAAUCCUUCUCUCAUCAAGCAUGAAGAGGAGAUGACAAGGAGCUUCUACCUCCUACUGAUUACAGAUCCUUAUAGGAUAGUGUCUGAAGAAGACCAGCCUGGGUAGGGUGGUCGUGGAUUUGACAAAGAUGACAGAGCUUCUCCAAAGUAGAGGAAAAGAAAGUUGCUAUAUUGUAAGAAAAAAAAAAAAAA